GGUGCUGUCCGACGACGAGAGCAGCACACACGAUCCGCGGGUUAGUAGAAACACGGGGAGGCAAUAACGCGCCUGCACGGUUCCAGUUGUCAUUUGGCCUACGUUUCACCAAAAAACCCUCGAGCUCUAAGAUCGAAGCGGUUUCGCGAAUGAGAUUCUGUUUGCUCCGUUUCUUGUGACUGUGUUGUAAAGGAAUUGUAGAAACGAAGCCAAAACGUCUCGCUUUUUUUGGCACUUGCUACCUCGCGCUAUUGUUGUUACGUGUGUGCCAUCACCGCCAUAGGUCCGCUCUGCAAAGCAACUCUCGUUUUUCUUCUCUUCAACCGGCGCUACCUGUGUGUCUGUGUGUGCGUGUAUUUGUAGUGAAGUAAUGUACAAAAACAGUUCACUGUAAGAAGAACGUUGCAUUUUUGUACACUGGUGAAUUAUUACGAAAUUGGUUGCGAAUCUUUAGUUCGAUUGCGUGCGGCACCUUUGACCGUGUGCUGUCGCUUUAUCUACGCCGUGCGGGAGAGUGUAUGUGUGUGCCAAAAUAGGCACGAUACAAAAACAGCAUCAUCAUCACCGGUCGGUGCCAUCACGCUCUCGCUCUCACACGCACACAGUGAACGUUCACACAACAUCACACAGAAAUGGCAACCGCCGUGCUUACCAGACCCGUGCGGAGCCUUAUAAAUGUUGUACAGUGUGUGCGACUGCUACGCACCCAAGCCACCGUCAUGUUAGCAAAAGAAAACUAUGACUACGAUUUGGUGGUGAUUGGUGGCGGUUCGGGUGGUUUGGCUUGUGCCAAGCAGGCAGUGCAGCUCGGUGCCAAGGUGGCCGUGCUGGAUUUCGUAAAACCGUCACCGCGCGGCACCAAGUGGGGCUUGGGCGGUACGUGCGUGAAUGUGGGCUGCAUUCCGAAGAAGCUGAUGCACCAGGCCUCGCUGCUGGGCGAAGCCAUACACGACUCGCAACCGUACGGCUGGAAGCUCCCGCAACCGGAAGCGAUCCGGCACGACUGGGCCACGCUGACCGAGUCCGUGCAGAACCACAUAAAGUCGGUGAACUGGGUGACGCGGGUGGAUUUGCGCGACCAGAAGGUGGAGUACGUGAACGGGCUCGGCUACUUCAAGGACGAUCACACCGUGGUGGCGGUCAUGAAGAACCAGACCGAGCGCGAGCUGCGUGCCAAGCACGUGGUGAUUGCAGUUGGCGGACGGCCCCGCUAUCCGGACAUUCCCGGCGCAGCCGAGUAUUGCAUUACGAGCGACGAUAUCUUCAGCCUGCCGAAUGCACCCGGCCGAACGCUGCUGGUCGGUGCCGGAUACAUCGGGCUCGAGUGUGCCGGCUUCCUCAAGGGACUCGGGUACGACGUGACCGUGAUGGUGCGUUCGAUACUGCUGCGCGGGUUCGAUCAGCAGAUGGCCACCCUGGUCGGCGAUUCGAUGGUGGAGAAGGGCAUCAGCUUCCACCACCGUAGCCGUCCGCUCGCCGUCGAGAAGCAGGCGGACGGUCGGCUGCUGGUACGCUACGAAACGGAGACGGACGGCGGUAAUGCCACCACCGCGGAAGACGUGUUCGAUACGGUGCUGUUUGCGAUUGGCCGCCAGGCGGAAACGGGCACGCUGAAGCUUGCAAACGCCGGCGUUGUAACGGCCGAGGGCGGCAAGUCGGACAAGAUCGAUGUGAACGAGUACGACCAGACGAACGUGCCGCACAUCUACGCGGUCGGUGACGUGCUGUACAAGAAGCCGGAACUGACACCGGUUGCGAUCCACGCCGGGCGGAUCAUUGCCCGCCGGCUGUUCGGUGGCUCGGAAGAGCGCAUGGAUUAUGCGGACGUUGCGACGACCGUGUUCACGCCGCUCGAGUAUGGUUGCGUGGGGUUGAGCGAGGAGGCAGCGGAAGCCGCCCACGGCAAGGAUGGCAUCGAGGUGUACCAUGCGUAUUACAAGCCGACCGAGUUCUUCGUGCCGCAGCGCUCCGUACGCUACUGCUACCUGAAGGCGGUGGCCCUGCGCGAAGGCAACCAGCGCGUGCUGGGGCUUCACUUCCUUGGACCGGCCGCCGGUGAGGUCAUCCAAGGGUUCGCCGCUGCCCUCAAGUGUGGCCUGACCAUGCAGAUACUGCGCAACACCGUCGGCAUUCAUCCGACGGUGGCGGAGGAAUUUACCCGGCUCGCCAUCACCAAGAGUUCCGGGCUGGAUCCGACACCGGCUACCUGCUGCAGCUAAACACCGGCGACGGGGCAGGAUCGUUCACCGAACAAACACUGUUUUCUGUUUUCUUACUUUACAAAUUUCUUCUCUUUUUUGUCUUCAUCAUUGGCGGGAUGUGGGGUGAGUCGGGCAGGAUUUAUGUUACAGGGAUAGGUUGCACUUCAAAUCAACACUCCAAACUGUUGUUUAAAAGCCAACUAAAAAACAGCAUGCGUCCUUCUGGAGUGGGUUAACAGCAAAAAGGCGCCCGUUAGAUAGGUUUUCGGUUUCGUCCUGAUAAAAAAAAAAAUGGUCCACGGGAGCUGUGAGAAAUGUAAUCGGCUCAAUGUGAUUGAGCGCGUCUGACGACUGGCGUUUGUGUGUGAUUUGUUGUAGUGGACGGCCAGGGCGAAACCAGGAGGAAGGUGGGUGGUGUAGAACAGGCACAGGAUACUCUCGAGGUUUAGAACCAUUUAGGAAGAUGUUUAGGUAAGAUAGCGAGCGUAAGAGAGUGAAACAAGCACAAGAGCAGUAAUUCCCCCAUCAGUAUCAGCAAGCAGCAGAGCAGGCGAGCACAUCACAUCGAUGACGACUCAUGUGUCCCGCCAAUGAAACGGUUUCCGGUCGCACGAUCGCAUUCCGUUCUUCGGUUUUACGUGCUUAUUCCAUCAGUAUCACAUGAAACACAGGAAACUCAAUACAUGUAUCGAAAUCGCGUGUUGUAAACUGCAACAAAAAAAAAAAAAAAAACAAUGCCGUUGUA